AUGACCUCUACGCAAGCUAAGUCUCUGGACGGUAAAGUCGCUAUUGUGACUGGCGGUUCUAGAGGAAUCGGUGCUGCUAUUGCUCUUGAGCUAGCCAAGAGAGGCGCUAACGUUGUCAUCACUUACGUCGCGGAAAAGAGCGAGAGUCUUGCGCAAGAUAUAGUAAACAGUAUCAAGGCCUCGGGCAACGGAGCGGAUGCCAUCGCAGUUCAAGCCGACAUCUCCUCGCCCGACUCUCCCACGCGGAUCGUCGAGGCCGCCGUCAAAGUAUUCGGAGAACACAUCGACAUCCUCGUAAAUAACGCUGGUAUAACGUCCAAACUACCAGUAUCAGCCGUCACGCCAGCCGACUUCCAAGAAAGCAUCGACGUCAACCUCAAAGGGCCCUUCUUCAUGUCCCAAGCCGUCAUACCGCACCUCCGCCGCCCAGGACGCAUCAUCAACAUCACUUCCGUCGCGGCACGGGGCGGCUACGCCUCCGCGAGUCUCUACCUAGCCUCCAAGGCCGGGCUAGAGGGCCUCACGCGUGCCCUGGCCGCGGAGCUGGGCCCGGCGGGACACACCGUCAAUGCGGUUGAGCCUGGUGUCACGGAGACGGAUAUGGCGCGCGAGUCGGGGGCGUCUGAGUCGCAUGGGGAGCAUGUCAAGAUGAUUGUGGCCAUGACGCCUUUUGAGAAUCGGAUGGGGAGACCGGAGGAUGUGGCGUCUGUUGUUGCAAUGCUUGCUGAGGAGCAAGCGAAUUGGGUUACUGGGCAGACUAUCUCCGCUUCUGGGGGGUUCUCGAUGUUGUAG